CGCGACAUCGCGGGCGGCGGCUCAGUGGAAGAAGAAGGCGGCGGAGGAGGGUGGGAGUGAUUUUAUUUUUUUUUUUUUUCCUCCUUUUCCCCCCUCCCUCCCUUCCCCUCCACGCGAGUUUUCAGCCAUGAACCCCAACUGUGCGCGCUGCGGGAAGAUCGUGUACCCCACGGAGAAGGUGAACUGCCUGGAUAAGUUCUGGCACAAAUCCUGCUUCCACUGCGAGACCUGCAAGAUGACCCUGAACAUGAAGAACUACAAGGGCUACGAGAAGAAACCGUACUGCAACGCACACUACCCGAAGCAAUCCUUCACCAUGGUGGCAGACACGCCCGAGAACCUGCGCCUAAAGCAGCAGAGCGAGCUCCAGAGCCAGAUCCGCUACAAGGAGGAGUUUGAGAAGAACAAGGGGAAAGGCUUCAGCGUGGUGGCCGACACCCCGGAGCUGCAGAGGAUCAGGAAGACUCAGGACCAGAUCAGCAACAUCAAGUACCACGAGGAGUUCGAGCGGAGCCGGAUGGGCCCCAGCCCCGGCGAGGGCUCGGAGCCCGAGCGCCGCAAUUCCCAGGAGAGCGGCGGCUACCGGAGAGCAGAGCAGCCCCAGCAGCAGCACCACGGCCAGCCCGGAGCCACAGUUUACCAGCAGCAGCAGCAGCCGCCUCCAUCCCAGUCCUACGGCUACAAGGAGCCGGCGGCUCCGGCCUCGUCCCAGCGCAGCGCCCCGGCCGGAGGGGGGAAGCGUUUCCGUGCCGUCUAUGACUACAACGCGGCGGACGAGGACGAGGUGUCCUUCCAGGACGGGGACACCAUCAUCAACGUGCAGCAGAUCGAUGACGGCUGGAUGUACGGCACGGUGGAGCGCACGGGGGACACGGGCAUGCUCCCGGCCAACUACGUGGAGGCCAUCUGAGCCCGGGGACACGGCCCCGCCCGUGUCCCCUCCCCGUGUGUGCGUCUCUUGUCCCCUCCCCGCCCGCUCCGCCCUCGGAGCCGUGUCCCCGUGUCCCCUCUGGGUCCGGCUUCUCUCGCCAGUUCUGCUCCGUGGUGGCCCCGUGGGGGCUGCGGGGCUGUGCGGGCUGGGGAUCAAAGCCCCAAGGCGUUCCUGCCCCUGUCCCCUCUGUCCCCCCUGUCCCUCCCGGCCAGGGAGAGCUCCGCAGCCACCGGGAUCCCAGGAAAGGGAGGGAGAGGCCACGUCAGGACCAAAUUCCCGCUGUGGGGUGGGAGAGGCGAGGGGGGCUCACCCGAGGGUGCCCACCCCGAGGGUGCCCGGGGCUCGGGGUGGGCUGGCAGGGCUGGCAGCUCCCCCUGCUCGGCUCAUCCCGCAGCUGCUCCCGGCGCUGCUUCCCGCCCACCCUCGCUCCCUUCAGUGCUCAGAGCAGGAAAGCUUCGGUUCAAACCCCCAGCAAAACCUCUCUGCUUGGCGUUCCGAGCUCUCGAGGAGCUCUGGCUGCUCCUGCCUCGGGCUGGGCUGUCCCGAGCCCUGCAGAGCAGCCGUGGGGCUUUUCCUGGGGGCGGCUGCUCUGGCUGGAGGGCUGGGCUGGGAUGAGCCCCCUGGACUGGGAUGAGCCCCCCGGACUGGGAUGAGCCCCCCAGACUGGGAUGAGCCCCCCAGAGCUCCAGUUCGUUCUGGGCUGGGGUCUGGGGGUCCCCUGGGGACCCCCACCCACAAUGUUCCUGUUUUUCUCCUGCUGCUGCUGAGUGCUGCCACCCCUCUGGGCCCGCCCGGGGUGAUUGUCCCCUAGGUGCUGUGGCACCCCGAGCCACCCCGCACCUCAUUCCCAGCGCUGGUGGCAGCUUUUUGGGACCACUUUGGGAUCACGUCAUGGACCAAAACCGAGCACGUCCCUGCCCCCUUCUCCUCCGCGCUCCGGAGGCCUCGGGGCGGGAUCGGGACAAACUGGAACCGAGCAGGGAGUGAGGAGCGGGGACCCGGGGACAGCGGGGGUGUCCCCCUGCCAGAACCUGGGGACAGCGGGGGUGUCCCCCUGCCAGGACCCGGGCACCGCAGCGGUGUCCCCCUGCCAGAACCUGGGGACAGCGGGGGUGUCCCCCUGCCAGGACCCGGGGACAGCGGGGGUGUCCCCCUGCCAGGACCCGGGCACCGCAGCGGUGUCCCCCUGCCAGGACCCGGGCACCGCAGCCAUGUCCCCCUGCCAGGACCCGGGGACAGCGGCGGUGUCCCCCUGCCAGGACCCGGGGACAGCGGCGGUGUCCCCCUGCCAGGACCCGGGGACAGUGGGGGUGCCCCCCUGCCAGGACCCGGGCACCGCGGCGGUGUCCCCCUGCCAGGACCCGGGCACCGCGGCGGUGUCCCCCUGCCAGGACCCGGGGACAGCGGGGGUGUCCCCCUGCCAGGACCCGGGCACCGCGGCGGUGUCCCCCUGCCAGGACCCGGGGACAGCAGCGGUGUCCCCGUGCUGGCUGCGCUGUGGGGCCGGGAGGCUCCCAGGGGGAAGCGCCACCUUUGCUGUUCCCGCAGGAAAAUCGGGAAUGAGGGACCAAAUGCCGAGUGAGACAUUCCUUGGUCCUGCCGGGGCCGCGCCCUUGGGGACACCUCCCUUCCUCGGGGGCUGGGACUGGGGACAGCGGGGCCGGGGGCGGAGACCCGCCGGGAAAAGGCAAUUCCGGCUGCGGUGGGAUGGGGACAGGGAUUCGGGGUGACACCGGGGCAGGAGCAGCCAGGAUGGGCUGCCCGGGGUGGGAAUCCCGGCUGGUGCUAAAACAGGGAGCACAAGGGCAGGGGGAGCCUCCUCGCCCUGCUAAAUCCUCUUCUUAAUCACGUUCUUGUCUGGGAAUGGGGGGAGCAUCAAUGUGAAUAAAUCCUUUUCUAAUGGACCAAAUAACACAGGAAAUUCCCUUUUGGGAUACAGACCUUUUUUUAAUCCUCCCCCGGAACCAUUGUCCCUAAAUUCUCCCCUCCCGUGCCCCUUUCACCCCCACCAUGGGAAACAAACCUCUUACUGCUUGAUUUCUGCCUUUUCUCUCAACUUUAUGCACUUUUUUGCCUUUUUUUUUUCAUAGCUGAAAAGCACCUGAACCUGUAUUUAAAAUAAAUGAAUAAAUAAAAGAGUUUAAAAAAAAUUACAAGGAGGAAGAACAAUUAAAAAGCUGAAUAAUUGCUUCUCAUCACGUGUAAAAUAGACCUCGUCCAUCCCAGCUUCCCUGGCUGUGUCUCAGUGCUGAGCUUAGAACGUGUUUUCCUUGGGAUCCGUCGCUCUUUUGGGGUUUUGUCCUUGUGUCCUCCUGCCUGGGUUGAGCACCCACCAGUAAAAAAAAAAAAAAAAUUUAAAAGUUAUUUGGCCUUUUUAUCCAAAAAAAAAAAAAAAAAAAAAAAAAAAACCACGGAAUGGAACAACCCGACCAAUUCUCUUGGAUUGAAAAUAAAAGUUUAAUUUUUACCUGC